GAGAUAGCCAUGGUGCCCGGAUGAUGGAUUGUGAGGACUGUGGUGAUCAUCACAUGACUUUUCCUCACCGCGAGGUUGACAUUUGUGGUUUUAAGGGAAAUGUCUGGGCAACAUUUGGGAUGGAUUAUUUUCUAUCUGUGAUAUAACAAUGUAAAAAAUUUCAUAUUCAAAAUAGUGUCACAUUUUCUGGUAAGAAGACAAAAGUAAAAGUAAAAAUGGGACAGUAAAACAUUGUCUAUAACUAAAUAUAUAUUUAAAUCAUGAAACGAGUUAAUGUUCGGCCUGUAACCGUCUCAGUCUCUCAAACUUCUCGUCGUCCUCUAAGUAGAUUACAGCCUUUCCAGCUCUCUUGACAAAAUCACCGUCCUUCAAUUGAAUCCUCAUCUCUCCACCCCUUCCACCUCCCUGCUAACUUCAGUCUAUCACUCUCCCUGCAGCUUACUGCAUCUCCUCCUCAGUGGGGCUUUACACCUUGUCUUGCUCCUGAAAGGAGUCCGUCGCCUACAGCGCUGUGCGGUACAGGCUGCGUUUAAGACCAUCACCAUCUCACUUGAUCCAGAUCACCAAGUUGCCAUGAAGACACCAGGCGUGACCACGGUGGGAUUGGGGCUGUGUGUCGUCGCCCUGCUGAUCACUGGUGAGCUCUGAAGUUAAUAUCUAAACUGUUUUUAUUUGACUUCUCUGUAGCUGUUUUCUGUGUUUUCUGCCAUUCCUUCCUCUGCAAGAGCUCAUGCUUGCAAGUGUUAACAAGCAUCUGUGUGACGGUGCUAUUUUGGUGUAUGUGUUUGGUGUCAACCUCCCAGGGUCGACUGGAUCAGUCUGCUACACUGCUGUGAAAUCACUGGACUUAGGAUGCCUCCUGCGGUGGGAUUGUCCCCAUGCUAGUCCUAAUACCACCUAUACCGUGCAGACAAAGACUCAAGGGGACCCCUGGCACGACGUACCGUGGUGUGUUUGGAUCUCGUCCCACAGUUGUGACGUCUCGCACGCCUUCUCAAACUUUGAGCUGUACAACAUGGUUCGUCUGGGCGUCCACCUGAGCCCCAUCUCCACCGUCUGGAUGAAGCCACGCAAGUUUGACUACAGUGACUUCACUUUCAGUCCUCCCUCUGUCUCGGCCUCUUUGAAAGACGACCAGCUGCUGGUGAAGGUGCAGUUCCCCUGUGCGGCCAACAGGAGGUGCUCUCUGGGGAGGUGUUGUCCCAUCUCUGAACUGAUCGACCCGUGGACCACAGUAACUGUGUACAACAAGCUCAAUCAAUCAGAGUACCAGAGCCGCACGGUUUGGACCCAGGAGGUGGUGUCCCAUGUGGAGUUCUCUGGUUUGGCUCCAGGUCAGAACUACUGUGCUGUGGCCAACUUCUCCUUCCCGACCUUCUCCAUGGCUGCUUCCCCGAAAUCUGCCCCUCAGUGUGUCGAGACCGUUUCCAAGUCAGGACUGCUGCCUGCGUUGUUUCUGGGAAUCGGGCUGACGUCUCUGCUGCUUUUUCCACUUCUCACUGUGUUUCUGAGAAGACCGAGCGAAACGGAACCAACCGCUGAAAGUCAACCCAAGAUUCCGGCGCCCGUUCACGAUCCAGUAUCUUUGCUGCCCCUCGCCUCGGUCCCUAUCGACCCUUGUGACAUCCACCUGGAAUUUGCCGACGACCAAAUCUCCAUAGCAUCCUCCUCUAACCAGGACCAGACCUCGACACACACCGGCGAUCCUCUCCGUCGAGACCCCAGCUCAGGUGCAGCGUACUGGGACAGCGGAGGGAUGAAGCUGGAGCUGGAGCCAGGACCCGACAAAUGGAGACUGACAGAUUUAAAAACUGAGAGCCAAAUUACUGUGAGUGUUGCUCUUUAAAGGUAUGUGCCAGUGGGGGGGUCUGAAGGGCCAUGAUCCCUUGCCAUGCUGAAACGUCUUUGAGCAAGUUAAUGGAUCCCUUCCAGCUCUGGAGAUGCUGUUCCGUACUUGACCUCUGACAUUUCCUGCGGGGCCUUGAAUGCCGUCCAUGACCCAAUAUUGAGAGCCACCAGAUGACCUCUCACUUGUAAUUGUGUUUAGUGGCGUCUGCCAUCAAGUGAUAGAAAUGUGGCUCCCCAUUUCAAACACGUAAGCACGUUCCUCUGACUGUUUGUCCGAUAUGAGUCAGAGUAUCGACUGGUGAGUGAGAAUCACCAAUGAAGCGGAAAUAGUUUAUUGUAGUUUACAUGUCCAAAAGGAGCUGUUUUUCUGUGUAUGUACAACUGAUUCAGUGAAAAAUCUAAAUCUGGUUGCGGUUCUUCCCCCUCUGCCUCUUUGUGCUGAGGUCCAGCGACUCUCAAUUGGCCCGUCCAAACCAUAAGCUUCAUAAACAAGAACAUCUGACCCCCCACAUGCCGCAAACAGCUCCUUCAUUCUGCCCCCGCCCCCUCUCCCAAGGAGAUAACAGAGCUGCCUCUUACCCGUGACCGACACCUCAUCCUGCCUCCCGCAUGAAAUCAAAGAAACAUCUUGACAUCUCGCUUUUCUGCCUUCUGUUUUGCUGGUGUUGCAUUCUUUCCGCAACAUUGGGGAGCAUUUGGGUUUUUGGCCAUCCGGCGUUGUUUGUUUCCCCUCUCUACCUUUUCCAGAGUCCACAGAGACCUUGGGGGUUAUCCAAAGCUCCAUGUAUACGCCAGUGUGUAUGGCUUUUAUUUAUAAGCUUGGUGCUUAUUUUGCUUGUGGACAGAUGAUUAAUGUAUGAAGCAAGAAGCUGGCGUGUGCAAAUGAGCACCUGACUACACAACGGUGGAGCUGAUACAUGGUCGGCCAUUUUUUCUUUUCUUUUCUGCUAUUUGCAGUAGAUUCUCUGAAAAUGAUCCACUUAUGUGGAUUUCAUUUAGCUUAACUUUUGUGUGUGUUUUCUGAUGCGACUCUGUUAGGCUUGUUUCUAGUCUUGUUAUAAUUGUAGAUCAUGAUUUUUGCACUUGAAAUUGACUUUUUAUAUCGGUGAUAGAGAGCAGCAGGUUUUUGCCAAGACUGUGUAACUACUGACUGUAAAGCUGAAAGGUAAUGUAUAAGUGGAUCACAAUUAUGUUCAAAUUGUUAUCGGACUACUUCUAAUUAAAAACAAGUAAAACUCUAAAUUGUGUUUUUGACAAGUUGCUCAUUUCUUCGUCAGCCAACGAUAUUACUGAUUAUUUCAAAUCAUUAUCUGCAAUUUUGUUUGUUACCAGAGUCCAGUGUAUUCAAAAUGUACACCUCAGACAAUAUAACAUUUUAGCAGUUAACACAUAU